AUGGUCUGCGACCACAUCGUACCUCAUCCCGAGGGCACCGAACCGGAUGACUCUUGGCAAAACCUCCAAGAGCUGAGCGUGGCCGACCACGUGGCGAAGACUGCUUUAGACAACCCAGACGCCAAGAAAGGUUGGACGUCCCACACAUCCAUCCCCGUGUCAACGGAGGACGUUUCCACGGGUCUCACUUCGGUAUACACGAGCAUCGCAGAAGCUGCUAGAGCCACUGGAGUGGGGGAGGACAAACUGAAGCGAAUCAUGAAAAGCGGGGGCGGGAUGCAGAGUGGCUUUCGUUUUCAGAUCGAUCAGGACUACCUCAGACAACAGGCUACAAUGGACGGAGAAAUCUGGAAGCCCGCCGUAUACAAGGGCACUGCGUUGAGGAACAUUUUCCUCGGCUCCGAAGGCUUGUUCUCGAACAAGACCAGGUUUCGGGUCGUCAGCCAGUCCUCCGCGGCCUCCCUAAAGUCCCUCGUGAACACGUACAGAGAGUCGCAACUCGAAGUCCCGAGGAGACGGAGGACCCGGCGCGAGAGGAGACCAAGGAAAGCCUUGAAGCCGGCCGUGCUUAAGACUGGGAAGAAGGUGAACUGGAUCACGGGAGAGGGACUCGCGGAGCUCGGCGUUAAGCAGAAUCUGUGCGAAGCCGGGGUCGACGGUGCUCAGAAGAUGGGGCGCGACUUAUUCGAGGGAGGGUUCUCCGUCACCGAAUGGAAGAAAGCUAUGGACGGUCAGAAAGGUACGGGCAGCAUGGCCCCGUGCCUGGCGGCGGAGAGGUGCUUUGCGAUGAACCUUUGGAAGAAGUGGGCUUUCGUGAAGCACUUGGGCGAGGGGGCGAGUGGGUCGGUGAUCCUCGUCCGAAACAGGAAGACCGGCCAGAGGCGCGUCGCAAAGAUCUCCAAGAAACUCGACAGAGCACGAGAUAGAGUGGAGAUGGACAUGCAGAACGAAUUCUGGCGCAAUGGGUUGGCGCCGCGAGCGUUCGGACUCGAGCUCGACGAGAUCAAGCACGGCCGUAAGCAGAAGAAAGUGUCGGUCGUCCUCAUGCAACAGGUGGAUUCCACGCUGUCAUCGUGGCUGCGACGGGAUCGCAAGAGGUGGGAGCUAGACGUCAUGCUCAAAGUCCUCAUAUCAUUCAUCGACAAGAUGCAGAAGAAGCGACUCGCUCACGGCGAUCUCCACUGGGAGAACAUAGCAUUCAAGUACAGACCGGGCACGAAAUAUAUCGGACGAGUUCUAUUGAUCGAUUUUGGCUUCGCCGCCCGAAAGGGAGACUCUCGCUUGGAAUUCGCGCAAUUGAUCCGGACGACGCACAAGGAUUUCGGGCACAUGACGAGCGCCAACGAGAAGUACUUGCGGGAGAGACUCAUCGAGGAAUUCAAGAGGAGAUAUAGAGUGAAAAAGGUGGACUAUCAGUUGGUAGACGACAUCUACCACGGCGAAGCCUGA